AUGGCAUUGUGGAUGGAGCUAAUCAGCUUUCUUCCUGGGGAAAGCAAGAAGAUCGCUGUAAUUGGAGAGGAGCUAUUUGCAACAAAAAAAUCCGGCCAUGUUUAUGGGCUCAACCUCCGCCCAAGAAUCCUUAAUCCCAGCCCUGCUGGAUUUAGUUUCAUGCCUUUCCGAGGGGAGAUAAGCUCUUCAAUAACUAAGCUACGAUAUUUGAUACCCUUGGACCUGAGUUUGUUCUCAGGAAGUGGAAACUCCAUACAGCAGUUCAUUGGUUCUUUGAAAAACUUGAGAUACCUGAACUUCUCCGGUUGUUUCUUUUCCUGGAAGAAUCCUGUCCAAUUUGUUACCAGGUUGGUUUCUCUUGAUCUUAGCGAAAGUGAAAUUCCAAGAUCGUUUGGAAAUCUUUACACUUUGAAGACUUUAGAUUUGUCUCGCACCUAUCUGUCAGGAAACUUUCCUGAUAUGAUAAAUGUUUCCUUCAUCAGAGAGUUGCAUCUUUCCAUGAAUAAAGUACAUUGGAGUCUGUCUGAAAGUAUAGGCCAACUUUCCAAUCUUGAAGUUUUGGAUCUCUCAUCAAAUUCAAUGGGUGGAGUCAUCUCAGAUAUCCACUUUUCAAACCUCUCCAAGUUAUGGAAAUUGGACAUUUCUGAUCAUUCUUACACUUUGGCUUUUAGCUCUAACUGGAAUCCCCUUUUUCAGCUUAUCAUCUUAAAAAUGAGAUCGUGCAUUUUGGGUCCUCGUUUUCCGCAAUGGCUGCAUAGACAAAAGAGGAUCAUUCACCUUGAUAUCUCUAAUACCAGUAUCUCAGAUCGCAUCAGUGAUUGGUUUUGGGAACUUCCUCCCACAUUGAGGUACCUGAAUCUCUCCUACAACCUAAUCAGCGGUGAAGUUCAGAAGUUGCCAUUAAUACUUGGUAACUUUUCUGUUAUUGACAUGAGUUCGAACAAUUUUCAUGGCUCAAUACCUUUACUUCGACCUGAUAUAACACUAUUGAAUCUCGCCAAAAAUAGGUUGUCUGGAACUAUAUCCAACUUGUGCUCAAUAUCAGGUACAACGUUGACCUUUCUGAUAACUUCUUCUCGGGAGAACUUCCUGCUAUGCCAUCCAGCUCAUAUUCAAAUACUGGAUUUCUCCCGUAACAACAUAUCAGGAAGCAUUCCCCAAGUACUGGAUCAAUAUGCAGGGACUUCCAUAGUUGCAUACACACAGAAUAUAAUACUUGCUUGGAAAGGAAUAGAGCUUGAGUAUGGGCAAACUCUUCGCUUUGUCAAGUGCAUUGAUAUUUCAACUGGAACCAUUCCUCGCAGAAUUGGUUACUUGAAUUCAUUAGAAUCUCUUGAUCUGUCGGCAAGUCAUCUUUCUGGUGGCCAUCCGGAUAGUCUUAGUGACUUGAAUUUUCUGAGUUACAUAAACCUGUCGGAUAACAAACUUCAAGGCAAAAUUCCAAUGCGCACUCAAAUGCAGAGCUUUAAUGGUACAUCAUUCGAGGGGAAUGCAAGACUUUGUGGCAAACCACUUCCAAACAGGUGCCCUAGAGAACAAUCAGAUAAUCCCUCUGUUGAUGGAGACAGCAAAGUUGUCAUGGAAGACGGCAAGGAUGAGAUUAUAACCUCAGGAUUCUACAUAAGCAUGGGGGUGGGGUUUGGAACAGCAUUCUGGGCAGUUUGUGGAACUUUAUUGCUUUAUAGGCCAGGUAGACAUGCUACUUUCGGUUCUUGGACAUGGUGGGACGUUGGCUAA